AUGUCCAGCGGCAACGUGGAACUCCUGGGCGACAAUGUGGAAAUCCUCGACUACGAACCCGAGGGCGAGGUUCCCACCGCAGAGCAGUUUCCGGCGGCGAGUGCAGAAGACGAGAGCCCCCCCAUGUCCAUGGUGUUCACCGUCGAUGAUUUGCUGGACAACAUCGCCACAGCAGAUCCGGCGGAACUGGAGCGGGCCUACAACACCGGACGUGUCUCUCUGGAGGAUAUCGUAGAAGCGGCCCAUCUGUCGUCCGAUUCCCCCCUUUUCGUUCCUCCUUUCUCGCUCCCGCCGGAAGACAGAUUAAUCCUCUUGCCCCACGACGAGUUUAUGGCGUACCAAAGGUUGAACGAGAUGUGGUGCGACGGUCUUGCCGGGAAGAUAGCAGAGGCGGAGGCGCGAGAGCAGGCGAAGCGCGAGGACGCGGAGCGCUUGGCGGAACGGGAGGCUGCUCUGGCCGCUGCGGCGAGGAAGCAGGAGGAGGAGCGUGAGGCUGUUCGGGCUGCUGCGGCGAAGAAGCAGGAGAAGGAACGANACUGCUUGGCGGAACGGGAGGCUGCUCUGGCCACUGCGGCGAGGAAGCAGGAGGAGGAGCAUGAGGCUGUUCGGGCUGCUGCGGCGAAGAAGCAGGAGAAGGAACGUGAGGCUGCUCUGGCUGCUGCGGCGAGGAAGCAGGAGGAGGAGCAUGAGGCUGUUCGGGCUGCUGCGGCGAAGAAGCAGGAGAAGGAACGUGAGGCUGCUCUGGCUGCUGCGGCGAGGAAGCAGGAGGAGGAGCGUGCGGCUGUUCUGGCGGAGCGUGAGGCGUAUCUCCAAGCGGCUAGGGCGAAGCAGGGGGCGCUCCGAUCGCGGCUGAAGGAGCUGGAGCCCCGCCACCAGGACCCGCGAGCAUCCCCCUACCCCCGUCGCCGUGUUAUCGUGCCCCCCCCCACGCAAUCCCAGGUGCACGUUGGUCCCCGUCGUACCGCCUCGCCGCACGAGAAGGAGCGCGAAGUGGCGGCGUCCCCGACGAACGAGCAGGAGCGGAAGAGGACAGCGACUCCGGAGUUUUCGGUGACUUUGGGUCUUCCGGCUGGUGCUGAAGACGGAGCAUCGUUUGCGGCGGCAACCACGGUGUACGAGUUCCACGUUGGAGAUACAGCGUUCCUGUCCCGCCCGCUGGAGAUGCCUGCAGAAGGUGUCACCUUCCACGACGAGGAUAAAUUGGCAGCUCUUUUUGCAUGGGCUGGCAUCAAACAACUUGUCCGUGCACAAUUCCCCCCACCGCACACCGUUGCUUUCGGGCACAUCUACCACACACCGUACCUCGCGAAACUUCCGCCUUCUUCGCGGCAGUCCGUGUUCCAGCUGUUGUUCGCUCUGCGUCGUGCCACCUUUCAUGAAGGUCCUCAAGGAACGUCGGUGGUGACCCAGGAGGGAGGACUCCAGCUGCCUCUUGCUCGGGCUGCUUCGACCAACGACUUCAAGCACGAUCUCAAGCCCCCCGGCAAGCCUCUGCACGCCCUGCACAUGGUUCUGGAGAAACAAGGAAUUCAGUAGGUCGGCGGCUCCGGUGUCCAAGAGCUGGAAGAACCGUUGGGGCGACCGGGAUUCGACGGCCAAGAGCAGGUCGGACGGCCACCACCGCUUCACCCAGUCUUCGCGAGGGCGCGG